UAUAGUGAAUGCAGGGUCCGGGGAGACCAGAUAUAGUGAAUGCAGGGUCUGGGGAGACCAGAUAUAGUGAAUGCAGGGUCCGGGGAGACCAGAUAUAGUGAAUGCAGGGUCCGGGGAGACCAGAUAUAGUGAAUGCAGGGGUCCGGGGAGAGCAGAUAUAGUGAAUGCAGGGUCCGGGGAGAGCAGAUAUAGUGAAUGCAGGGUCCGGGGAGAGCAGAUAUAGUGAAUGCGGGGUCCGGGGAGAUCAGAUAUAGUGAAUGCAGGGUCCGGGGAGACCAGAUAUAAUGAAUGCAGGGUCCGG